AUGGAGGGUUUUCUCCUUCAGCUGAAAAGCCUUAGUGACUCCUGGAUGAGCCUCAGCUCCAUUUUUAUAGCGAUGGACGUGAUCUUUGGCAUUAUGUGUGGAGUGGGGCUCUUCUUCCUACUGAUCCCCUUCCUGAAGACAUACCCAGUGUCAUCACCACCUGGGAGUGGAAAGAACACCCCAAAGGUGAGGAGGAGGAGGCAGAGCAAGACCAGGAAGAAAAAUGCUCCUGUAAAAGGUUGUAGCGAAGACAGAAAGAGUGUGGAAGAGACCCAGAAUCCAUCAAAACCUGUGGAAAUCCCCAUUGAGCAACUGUUAUUGGACUCUGCAUCACUCCCCUUUGGGAAAUCUAAUGAGAAACAGGAUCAGCUUCCCCUCUCACAGCUGCUGUCUUACCUCAAGUUCUUGGAGGAUAUGAUACAACAAAAAUUUAGCCAGAUUUUCUGGGGCAUGUCCUCUGUGCUCUCUGAGUCAGUGGUGGCUACUGCCUGGCCCUGGCAGCAGGAUCUGGAGUGGAAAGACACCACAGGCUCUAAUGUCCAAAAACAUCGAGCAGCCAUUAGCCAGUCCACUCACAACUUGCCCAGGGACAUCCCACCCGCUGAAGCUAUCAGGUCAGCCUCCAUCCUUCCUGAGCACCUGCAGUUCCUCCAGCACCAUGAGGAGCCACACAGUGAAUACAGGAUGACAAAGAUGAGAGUACAAGGCCCCCCCUUCAGGUUCCUCCCAUCGCAGGAACUGACGCAGCUGCAGGGACACUUCCCGACAAACAGUCGUUGCCAGUCUAAGAACAAGCCUGAACUCCCCCAGCCUGCCCAGCCCUCCAUCCUCAACUACAAAAGCUGCAAGUUGAGUCAGAUGAUGGAGACUGUGCCCUCAGGGAUGCCCUUAAAGAAGGACCCAGCAAGAUGUAACAUACAUGAACUCAUCCAGGAGGGCCCCAGUUUUAGGGCCAAAGCCUUGCCUUGCACUUCAAGCAGCACCCCUGGGCAGGGUCUGGAACCCAGAAACCCUGAACUGAGGUCAGAUCAGCUGUCCUAUGUGAACACCACUCAGGACCUUUCCUUCCUUGACCCCAAAACCCAAAAGAAGCUGGACUCAAACAUCAAACAGCUUCCUGUGAAACGCAGAUGGAGACCAUAUAUACAGACUCUUGUGUCAAGGGGUCACACCCCACCAGGGGUUCCAGCCUCAUCGCUUCCCCAGCUUGUCUAUCCCUCCUCACCCACCUGUGUUUCUAAGGUUGAAUACUAUUCCAAGGCUGCCAUGAUCCUGGAAAAAUUGCAUCACCAAGAUCCAGGAGGGACAAGGAUAGAAACUGUAUCAACGUCCAGGCUGCAGAGUCCUCUGUUUGCACACUCACCUUCAGAGGUUCAGGAGAUGCAAAGAGCCACUGCACCAGCUGCCAGCCAUGGGCCCUCCAAGGUGCAUCCAGAUACACAGCAUCGCUAUCUGAGCACUCAGACCCGGGCUUUCUGCUUCCAGGCAAGAAGCCAGAAGAGCAGGAUUAUCCAAGGGACUGGAAGACGCAGCUUGCAACCAAGGACCAGGCCAAGAAUGCCCAAGCAUGCAGCAUGGAAGAGGUUUGAGAAUGUGGCCUUUGGACAUCCCUGCUGGAGUGGGACAAUGCUGGGCCCUCAAGAAAGGGUCCCACCUUCAGUGGUCAAACAAUCCAAUAGAUCAGAGGAGAAAAAAGAUACAAUUCCUGCAUGGAAAGUGAGUCUGGGAUCCACCGAGAUUCCCAUUGACCAAGCCAUCAAUAGCCAUCUCAGGGACUUUGAGUUUAAAGAGGCCAGUAGAAGCCCAGGCAGUUUCCAAACACCUACUCCACAGCACUCAGGAGACUCAGCUCUAAAGACACAAGUGUGUAGUGAGAUCAACUUCAGAUCAAACAAGCAGCCACAGGCCUGGCCUGUGAGCCAUCAUCCAGACAGCCUCAGUUCAGUGAGCUUGCCUUCAGAGCACCUGCUUCCCAGCUUCCAGAAUAGAUCCAAAAAACCCAAGACUUCCCAGGACCUAGAUGAUGUCUUCAUGAGGAGAGAUCAGAGCCAGGAGACUCAGAACUUCAGAGUUCUCAAGGAUAAGAUUCAAGCAAAGAAUCACAAGGUGUUUCAUCCCAAUGACAAGAGGAAGGAGUUGGUGAGAAGCAGAGCCACAUUCAAGGAAGAAAGGCCAGGGAGAGGGAGACCCUCUACCCCAAGCUUCACCCAGUUCAAGGAUACAUCAUCCAUAACUGAGUUUCAGUCCUCCUUUGAUAUGCCAGGAAAGGGGCAGGCUCUGCCAGAAAAUAAUCUGAAGAAAAUCAAAAGGCUAUUUCUACAAUGUCUCAACCUCAACACAAAAGACAAGGGGCAGGGGGAUUCUCUGAAGAGUGAAGACUCUACACCAGCUACUGUGAUGACCCAGGAGUCAGACACAAAAGAAAAGCUCAUCCACAGUAUGGUAGUUGAAAUGCAAUACAUCAUGAAUGUUGUGGUACAGAUCCUGGUGAACUGGCUGGGUCUUAAUUACCACCUUGAUGAAUCCAUGUCCCUCUGUGCAGCUCAUGUGAUGUUGUACCAGUGCUGCUCUGGUGUAGAGAAUGUCUAA